AUGAUCUGGAAAAUUCAAAAUGGUCAUAUCAGCUUUUGGUGGGACAAUUGGACUGGUUAUGGAGCUAUUGUUACUUACUGCCCGGAUUAUGUACACUCUAUUAGAACAAGAGUAAGAAACUUCAUUAUUGAUAAUGAAUGGGAUUUGCAAAGCUUGGGACACAUAGUUACUGGUUGGCUGCUACAUCACAUUGCCAGUAUCAAGAUUGGAUCACAACACAAAAAAGACUACUUAAUGUGGAAGCUGGCUGCAGAUGGAGUUUUUUCCAACAAAGAAGCCUGGAAUGGGAUAAGAACUCAUAGAAAGAAGGACCUGUUUGUGGACAUGCCAGUUGACUGCUUAUGCUGUUCAAAUGCUCAACCAGAGACUAUCCAACAUUUUUUCAUCGAAAGUGAGCCUGCUCUAUUUCUGUGGAAAUAUUUUGGACAACCUCUUGGAAUCAGUUAUCAAGUCCAACUUGUUAGAGCUUUUCUACAUGAAUGGUGGCAAACCCGGAGCAAAAAUGAAAUGCACAAGAUGAUAAUUCAUGUUAUCCCAGUUAUCAUAUGUUGGAUAAUGUGGAUAAACAGAUGCUCUUGCAGAUAUGGAGAUCAGAAAAAAUUCUACAUUAGGAGAAUGCAACAAGAGGUGAUUUGGUAUCUCAAAGCAGCAAUGGACAAAGCAUUCCCAAACUUCAAAAUGGAGUUGCCUUGGCUUCAACUGUGUGAAGUAGUGGAGAAGCUUAAACCAAGAGCAAAUAUUACACAAGUAACAUGGAGCAUGCCAACUGGGAAAAUAAAAGUUAACACUGAUGGGAGCUACAACAAUCAUGGCAACAGAGCUGGAAUCGGGGGAAUAGCUAGAGAUGAGGCUGGAAGCAUGAUUUUUGCCUUUGCAAUCCCAGUUCAAGGUGCAAGUCAUAAUAUGAUAGAAGCUAUGGCAAUCAGAUAUGCUGCUCAAUGGAUCAAAAACAAUGGAUACAGACAAAGCUAUAUAGAGUCUGAUUCAUUGAUGAUUGUGGAAAUGUUAACAAACAGGACCUCUAACAAUCUUACUAUAAAGGAUAUCAUUGAGGAGACUAUGAAUAUAGGGGAUCAAAUGGAGAUUACUUUCAAACAUUGCUACAGAGAGGGUAACCAAACUGCUAAUUUUCUGGCUAAAUUUGCAUCAUCUAAGGAGAAUCCAUCAUUGAGUCAUAACCUUCAACAGAUGCCAAGAGGGGCCUUUGGUGCUUACUACUUAGACAAGAGUCAAAUGCCUAGCAUGAGGAUAAGAUAUGACAAAGCUAAUGUUUUUGUGAGCUAA